AUUAUUUUUAAACUUUUCUUCAAACUUCAAACAUCAUGUUUCAGGAUACAUUGUUAAUAAUUAAGCCUGAUUAUUUGGCGAAACGAAAGCCUCUUUUAUUGCAUUUGUUACAAGAAGGAUUCUUUAUAAAGGCUCAACGAAAAAUUCUCUUUACUCCCGAACUGGCCGCUGAAUUUUAUCAAGACCUGGCUGAAGAUCGUUGUUUUAUGUUUCAAGUUAUUUUAUUGUCGAAAGGAAACUCGGAAGCAUUUAUUUUAGCUAAAGAAUGUGCGGUGGAGGUUUUAAUCAAUGACAUGGUGUGUUAUUUUGGUACUUCAAUAGAAAUGGAACAAAACAUCCAUGUUACCAAAUGUCUUACCAAAGUUCAAAGAGAAAUUAGUUUUAUAUUUCCCAACUAUAUUCACGAACCAAUCUAUUGUCCAGAACAAAUUAAAUUUUGCACUAACAAUUCCCUUGUUCAGUCCACAAUAACCACACUGUACGAUAUUGUAAAAAAUCGCGAAAAAGAUCCGCACAAAAGUUGGAAAGAGAAAUUAGCGGAAUCUUUAAUUUUGGCCAAUAAAACUUUACCUCACAUUUCCAAUCAAUGUUGCCACAGUUCAAAUCUGAAUGCACAAGAUAUGGCACAGCAAACUAAAAUCACUUGCUUUAAACAUGUAAAGGAAGAUGAUGGAAACUACUUAUCCUCUGACAUGGACAUUAGUAAAUAUUGCAGCUCACUUAAUUUUACAACGAGUUCUUGUGUGUCUUGUUCGGGUUUCGACAGUGGUGCUGAAUGUAUAAAACAGACUUAUGAACGACCUUUAUCAGAAGUAAUAAAAGCUCGUACAGCGCCCUUGACGGCCCAGGAAUCAUCUAGCAUUUCUACAGUAGAGACUGUACAAGAAAAUGUUUUAGAAGAAUUGGUUAUGGAUGAACAUGUAGCUGUGGUAGAUGUUGCUGAUUUUGGGGAAGAUCAAGUUUUAUAUGAUAAUGAAAAGGAAGAAAACGUUAAAUCCGAUUUAGCAGAUGGGGAAGGUUUAGAUAAUGAUAUAAUUACAGAUUUUAAUAUGGAAAUUAAAGCUGAUGUUAUUCUAACAACUGAACCAGCGAACAUAAAUGAUAAUGCUAUUAAUGAAAUACCAGAUAUUGAAUCACCUCAAUUAUCUACAAAUGAUAAUAAGGUAUCUAUUGAAGAUAUCGCAGUCACAAUGGAAGAAAGCGCACAUCCUGCAGCAGAAGAUAACAAACAGUCUGUAGAAGAAAUCGUACAAUCGCCAGAGGAAAACGAACUUGCAUCUGCUAUAGAAAAUAAAAAAUCUAGUGUAGAGAUCUCAGCCCCCUUGGACAAAAAUGUACUUCCAGUUAUUGGAGAUGCUCUUCAUUCAAGUGUUUAAAUAGGAAUUUGCAUUCGGAAAUACGAUGAUAAUUUAAAUUUAUAUUUUUGAAGAUAUUAUAUUUUGAAAUUCAAGUUAAAAAUUGUAUCAUCGAAUUGUUCCAUCAAAUAGAUUUUAACUACAAUGGAAUAUAAUGUUUUUUUGUUAUAUAUAA